AAACAACAAUAAGUUGUCCUUUUUACUCCAGUGGCGUGCAAUGUACAUAUAUACACUCGGCCACUUGCAAUACCAAGAUACAUACAUAUAAACAGUCACCGACUAAUCUCUGCCGGAGAUGACCACCGGCGUUGAAGAAACAGUGGUGAUCAUAGUCGGAGCCGGCCCAUCCGGGCUUGCCACCGCCGCAUGCCUCCAUCAACUAUCAAUUCCAUACAUAAUUCUAGAGCGAGAAGAUUGCAUCGCCUCAUUAUUCAACAAAAAAACAUAUAACCGGCUUCACCUCCACUUAGCCAAAAACUUCUGUCAUCUUCCUCACCUUCCUUUUCCGGCGAGUUUUCCUACGUAUGCUCCAAUAGCCCAAUUCUUGGAAUACUUGGAUGAUUAUGCAUCUUGUUUCAAGAUUAAUCCGAGGUUUUGCAACCGCGUAAAGUUUGCAAAGUAUGAAGAAGAUGAGGAGAAAUGGAAGGCGGAGGCUGAGGUUGUUGGUGGUGGGGUGAAAAGAUAUGAAGGGAGGUUUUUGGUGGUGGCUACCGGAGAAACUAGUGAUGUGUUUAUACCGGAGGUUGAUGGGUUGAGUGAGUUUAAAGGUGAAGUUAUUCAUUCCACUGAGUAUAAAUCCGGCGAAGGGUAUGAGAACAAGAAGGUUUUAGUGGUUGGAUCUGGUAAUUCCGGCAUGGAAAUUGCACUUGAUUUGUCUAACUAUGGUGCAACCACAUCCAUUGUUGUCCGAAGUCCGGUUCAUAUACUUUCAAGGUGGUCGUUUAAUCUUGGACUGAAGUUGCAAAAGAUUAUACCAAUGCAUUUGGUGGAUUCAUUCUUAGUGUUGGUUAACAACAUAAUAUUUGGAGAUCUUACUAGGUACGGGAUUCAAAGGCCCCAAGGAGGUCCGAUUGCGGGCAAGGUAAGAUAUGGCAAGUAUCCGAUCGUCGAUAUGGGUACAACCGAAAAGAUAAAGUCUAGCGAGAUACGAGUUUUGCCGGCAUUGAAAAGUAUUAAUGGUGGAGGAUAUGAAGUUGUUUUCGAAAAUGGAAGAUUUUAUCAGUUUGAUGUGAUUUUGUUUGCGACUGGUUUUAAAAGAUCAACUCAUUUGUGGCUUCAGGGUGGUGAUUGCCUUUUAAACAAUGAUGGACUACCGAAACCAAUGUAUCCAAAUCAUUGGAAAGGAGAAAAUGGGCUUUAUUGUGCUGGGCUUGCAAGAAGGGGCCUAUAUGGAGCUGGAAUGGAUGCCCAAAACAUAGCCCAACACAUUUUCAAACUAAUCUAAUUAUAUAAAAGAAUAUCACUAAAUGUGUUACAGUAUGAUAUCAGUAUGAUAUUGGAUAAUGAUUGAAUAAUGUUUACAUUUAUGAUUGUUUAAAUAAAGAACAAUGAAAAUCAUGUUGUUUUGAAUUC